AUGAAGUAUGAAGGUGCUGCAUUUGAGGGUGGUAGGGGUCCAAGCAUAUGGGACAAUUUCACUCAUACGCACCCAGAUCGAAUAGCAGACCACAGUAAUGACGAUGUUGCCGUUGAUUUUUACCAUCGUUACAAGGAAGACAUAGGCAUGUUGAAGGAUAUUGGAUUUCAAGUUUUUAGAUUUUCCAUUUCUUGGUCUCGAAUAUUACCUAAUGGAAAAGGAGGAGUUAACAAAGAAGGCAUCACAUACUACAACAAUCUUAUAAAUAAACUUCUAUCAAAUGGACUACAACCGUACAUAACUUUGUUUCAUUGGGAUCUUCCUCAAGCACUUGAAGAUGAAUAUGGUGGUUUCUUGAGUCCCAAAAUUGUGCAAGAUUUUGCAUAUUAUGCAGAACUAUGCUUCAGUGAAUUUGGUGACAGGGUUAAACAUUGGAUUACUUUAAAUGAACCAUACAUAUAUAGUAUCCAAGGUUAUGCUAAUGGCCAGUUUCCACCAGGACGAUGUUCUAAAUGGGUUUCAUCAAAUUGUACUUUUGGUGAUUCUAGUACUGAACCUUACAUAGUUGCACACCACCAAAUUCUUGCUCAUGCUACUGCAGUAAAAAUCUACCGGGAAAAGUAUCAGAUUUCACAAAAGGGUCAAAUUGGGAUAACACUAAAUUCUAAUUGGUAUGUGCCAUUAUCCCAAUCAAAAUCUGACAAAGAAGCAACAUCUCGAACUAUUGCUUUUAUGUAUGAUUGGUUCAUGGAACCGUUACACUCGGGCGCAUAUCCUGCUGUGAUGGUAAAAAAUGUUGGGAAACGUUUGCCAAAGUUUUCAAGAAGACAGUACUUAAUGGUUAAAGGGUCCUAUGAUUUUAUAGGGUUGAACUAUUACACUGGAUAUUAUGCAACAAAUUCUCGUUGUCAGAAAGUAAAUCUAUCUGCCUUGACAGACUCUUGCAGUACUUAUACUCCCAAAAGAAAUGGGGUUCUCAUUGGUCCUAAGGCCGCCUCAGAUUGGCUCUACAUAUAUCCUAGAGGAAUUCAAGAUUUAUUGGAAUACAUUAUGAAGAAGUUUAAUGAUCCAAUUAUUUACAUCACAGAAAAUGGAGUUGAUGAGGUUAAUGAUGGUACAAAGUCGCUUGAUGAUAAAUUCAGAAUAAACUAUUUUCGUCAACACCUUUUGUAUAUUCAAAAGGCCAUAAGAAAUGGUGUAAAGGUGAAGGGCUAUUUUGCAUGGUCAUUUUUGGACGAUUUUGAGGGGAUUGAUGGGCACACCGUACGCUUUGGAAUGAUAUAUGUUGAUUACAAGAAUGGACUAAAAAGAUAUUAUAAAAGAUCAGCUUUGUGGUUCAAAACUUUUCUUCAUCAAUGAAUAAUAUUGGUUCUUAGCAUUGAACAAGAUUCAUGGAAAAGAGAUAUGAAUCAAGUGCUCCAUUCUUGAUCAAAGUUAUAUUUGAGUUUAGGUC